GUCCAGUCCAACAUUCCUAAAAUGAGAAAAUAAACAGACAGCUGCAUUUGAACUUGAUAUGUUCCUCACCUCUCAUUGGUUAAAUGUCUGCUUGCCUGAAAAAUGAGCUGGAGAACUGAAGAAAAAUGAAUUGGACUACUGAGGGGUAUAAUGACAUAUUGAUUCACGAGGCAUUUUUGCUUGUCAGUUUAUGGAUAACUGUGUUUAUAAUGCAUUAUUUUAUCUAAUUGAUUUCUACUGGCAAUACGGAUAAGUCUUGAUUUUGAAAAGGAAUGGAUGAUAUUGGCCAUAAAGAGCUGCCAUGUUAAAAUGUCAUUUUAAGAGCUGUCUAGAUGGGCUUGGUGCUGCCAUUGCUUUUGGAUCUUGAAAGUGUAUUUUCUUUUUUACAGUAAUGCUAAGUGCUAUUUAACAAAGAUUAGACUGAUUUGAUCAUUGCUCAGUUGAUGUGCCAAACAUUUUUAUUCUUAAUUCAAAGGUGAAUUUCUAGUGAUUCCCCAAGCAGUUGAACUGAUGACUCCGUUGUUUGUAGUUAUUUCUAAACAAAGAACACUUAAAAUGCUAGUGUUCAAAAUUACAGGCGUUUUCCAAAGUGAAGUCCAAAAUGGCAAAGAUCUUUGAAGAUAUUUAAAGAAUAUUUUAUGACGGAUAACACUGAAGUAUCACCUUUGACAGGUAAAAAUUACAGUAGUAGAAACAUGAAACAUAAAAUUUAAAUGAGGGCAUACAACAUGACCUUUUUGAAACCUGACCAAGUUUGGUACCAAAUGGCCAAAACUUCAAAGGUUGAAGUGACCUGCACCUCUGAAGUCUAACCGUAGGCGUUGGCCACUUGAAUGAAAGCCAAUCAAUGGGAUCUGCAGCUUCCAUUUCAACAAAUGUGGCCUGGCAGCAUUUGUUGUGUUUACAGAUCAGAAAAAUAACAGAAUUUUUAAUUUCUCAAGGAUUGAUCCAGCUGAAAAGCUUGUGAUUCAGUCUCCAACCAAAUUCUCUUCAUUUCUAAUAUUAGCCUGUUGGUUGGAUUUUCACCGCAAUUGAUCUCCAAAACUGAUGUCAUGAUUAAUGUAGGAAGAAAAAAAAAAGUAAGAAAAUAUAAAAUGUUGCUCAACUAUAACUUAUGUCACAUUCACAAUAUUUAAUAGUUUUAUAGCAGUCGUGAGUUAACCUAAUAUUGUGCAGUCUUGUUUACAGUUUAGCUUUUUUUUGUAGCUGUAAUUUUUCUUCACUUGGCAAUUGAUGGUGAAAAGCAGUUUAUUAAUGAUCGUUAUUAAUUUUAAUUCACCUUCCUGAAAUGAAAUGAGGCUUUGCUUUAAAACUGUAUCUGAUGGUUUUCAAUUGAGUUUUGCAUCUGUUAAACUCUGUCAUUGAGUUGAAAAUGGGUUUAACAGACUUGGUAGGCUAAAAUAUUUUGGAGUUUAUGAAUCUAAAUUGGUGUACAAGUUAGUUGUUUCUCUGCUUCUACUGAUGAAUAAUAUGAUCUAGGUAAAUGCUACCAAGUAUUGUUUGCAUUGAAGGUGUCCCCUUCUACAAUUUAAUAUCAAAGGUGACUGGCAGCCUACCCAGUCAGUAGGCAGUCUAUAAUGAGUUAAUCACCAGGUGCUGCUGUGAUGUUUAUCUUGUGGUCCCACUGCAGGUUUCCUAUGCGCGCCCAAGCUCCGCUUCUAUAAGAGAUGCAAAUUUGUACGUCAGUGGCUUACCAAAAACCAUGACGCAGAAAGAACUUGAACAGCUCUUCUCCCAGUACGGACGUAUUAUUACCUCGCGUAUCCUGGUGGACCAGGUGACCGGCGUUUCCAGGGGGGUCGGCUUCAUCCGUUUUGACCGGCGAGUUGAGGCUGAGGAGGCAAUCAAGGGUCUGAACUGUCAGAAGCCACCCGGUGCAACCGAACCCAUUACAGUCAAGUUUGCAAACAACCCGAGCCAGAAGACCAGUCAGGCGCUGCUGUCUCAGCUGUAUCAGUCUCCCAAUCGAAGGUACCCAGGACCCCUCGCACAGCAGGCACAACGUUUCAGGUUGGACAAUUUGCUGAACAUGGCCUAUGGAGUCAAGAGCCGGUUCUCCCCCAUGGCCAUUGACGGGGUGACCAGUCUGGCUGGCAUCAACAUCCCGGGGCACGCGGGGACCGGCUGGUGCAUCUUCGUCUACAACUUGGCUCCAGACGCGGACGAAAGCAUCCUGUGGCAGAUGUUCGGGCCUUUCGGCGCCGUCACAAACGUCAAGGUCAUCCGCGACUUCAACACAAACAAGUGCAAAGGAUUUGGUUUUGUCACCAUGACUAAUUACGACGAGGCGGCCGUGGCCAUUGCCAGCUUGAACGGAUACCGCCUCGGGGACAGAGUUCUGCAAGUCUCAUUCAAAACCAACAAAACACACAAAGCCUAAAAAAAAAACCAAAAAAAAAAAACCCACUGAGAUUGUUUCUAGAAAACUCACCAAGGAAAAAGAAAAUGGAAGCAUAUUGACCGUAACUUUCUACAUUAGUAAAACAUCUUUGUAAUCCA